AAGUUCCACUAAAAUUGGUUGAUGAGAAUUGAGGUCCCAAGUAGCGGACGACCACGGGGAAAAAGGCUUCAGCUUCAUCUCGUCACUUCCAGUCACUCUGUCGGUCUCACCGUAAGCGCUCGCAAAUGGAGGAACAGAACGGGACGGAGACGCGCAACGGCGUCGGCGGGGUCUUCGUGGAGGUGCCCGAUGGCGAAGGGACCCACCGUCACCGCCGAGAGCUGCAGGAGGGGGAGACCUUGUACAGCGUUUUCCACCGUCUGCUGUCCGCGAUCUUCUUCCCUGACGUACAAGGUGAACGAGCUCCGCUGCUGCACCGGAUCAAGGCCUCUGUGGCCGAUAACGCCCCUCUCCUCCGCGAAGCAUCUGGAAACACUGGGCGGAACGUCUUUCUCUGGACUCGUAGGGGCAGUCCUCUCCGUGCCCUCCUUGUCAUUUCUGUUGGGACGAUCACACUUCUUACUUUGACAGGGUUGCUUGUCUUUAUGCUUUUCUUUCUGGCUGCAACCAUCAAUGCUAUUGUCAUAUCUCUUCUGGUGUCUUUGGCAGCAGCAGGUGGCUUCUUAGCCUUUUUCUUCACCUGUGUAACAUUCAUAUACAUUGGAGCACUAUCGGUUGCUGUCUUUGUUAUUUCCAGUGCUACAAUUUCAGCAAUUGUUGCAUCUCUGAUAGCUACAGGUUGGAUCGGAUUCUUCCUUCUUUUGUGGCUGGCAACAAAGAAAAGCCUGGGUCUUGCUAAGCACUCUUUGACCAUGACUGGUUCAGCACUCUCAGCUUACUCUUCUGCCAAGCAUGCUCGCCGCCAUCAUCAACCAAACAAGGUUUCAGAUUGAGAAGUUACUGCAAAUAGAAGUCCAUGUGUGUAUAAAAACCUUACUACGUAUGAUGCCUUGUUAGAUGGUUAUGCUUUUUGAGACA